AUGUCCGGUGUCAAUUAUUCGCGUUCAUUACUGCUAGAAAUCGUGAGCUAUAAGUUAGUCGAAAAGUCGGAAUUGCUGUUCUUGAUCAUUGGUACACUACUGACCCAAUUCGACUCGAGGGCUUUGGCACAGACAAACACUCCCACUACUUCACCAGGUCGACAACCUUUAGCCACCUACUCAGUACCAACAACAGCUGCAGGAACAACAACAUACACUGUGCCAACAACUGCUGGAGGGACAACAACAUACACGUAUGUAGUUCCAACAACAUCCGGAGGAGGUACAACAACUUACACGGUACAAUCGUCUGGAGGUGGCACAACAACUUAUGUUGUUCCAACAACUGGGGGAACAACAACGUACAUUGUACCAGUUUCUGGAGGAGGUACGACAACCUAUAGAGUACCAGCUUCUGGAGGUGGUACCACAACAUAUACCGUGCCAGCUUCUGGAGGUGGUACCACAACCUAUACCGUACCAGCUUCUGGAGGUGGUACCACAACCUAUACCGUACCAGCUUCUGGAGGUGGUACCACAACCUAUACCGUACCAGCUUCUGGAGGUGGUACUACUACCUACAAGGUGCCAACAACUGCAGGAACAACCACAAUACCAAUCUCAGGAGGAACAAUCCAAACCAUCAAAAACCCAUCCGGAACAGGAGUGUCAGUGCAGCAAACAUUCUCUGGCAACUCCAAUCGACCUACAUUUGUCUCCACUCAGCAAACUUUCACAUCAGGCAACUCUAACCAAACCACAUUUGUGUCUUCCUUUUCUGGCAACAAUCCAUCUGCAUUCAACCAGUUCAUUGGCAGCAGUUCAGGUGGGUUCAACCAGUUUGGAGGGGCCAGACCAGCAGGAUUCAAUCAGUUUGCAGGAAGUAGCCCCACAGGAUUCAAUCAGUUUGGGAGUCAAUUCUUUGGAAACAAUUUUGGUGCAGUGGGUAAUCCAAAUCCUUACAGACCUGGUGGUUUUGUGCCAUUUGUACCACCACAAAGUGGGGCCACAACAUUUGUUCCAUCACAAAGUGGGGCCACAACAUUUGUUCCACCACAAAGUGGGGCAACAACAUUUGUUCCACCACAAAGUGGAGCUGCAACAUUUUCCCCAAGUAAUCAAGCAGUAACUUCAAGUGGAACACCACCACAACCCUCUUAUGUUGUGCCAAUUACAGCCAGUCAACCUGUUUCUGGUGUGACAACAAAUGCUGUCAAUAAACCAACCAGUGCAGUGCCAACAAGUUUGCAAACAACCAGUGUGCAACAAGUUGCAGUGCCAACCAGUGUUCAGCAGCCAAGCAGAUCCCAAUCACCAGCUGUGAUUGGACCAUUCAGACCAGGAACAUUUGUGCCGUUUGUGCCAAUACAACUGGUCACAAGUGAUGUGAAACCCAACCAACCAGUGGGGACUCCUUACAAGGGACCCUACAAACCCAACACUUUCAUACCCAGUGUGCCUGUGGUGGAUGUCAACUCUGAAAAGCCUCCCAUCACACAAUCCCUCACACCGGAAGGAUCUGCAUCUCAAACCGUAUUUCCGGUCAAAUCCCCAAUUGCAGGAAUCCCUCAACCUUCACCUCCACAGGUUUUUGGAUCAGCUUCACAGAGUCCCUCACCAGUGAAAUUGCCUCAAUCCAGUGCUCCUCAACUCAGCCCACCUGGAUUGUCCCUCAGUUUCUCAGGGCUUCUGGGGUUGGGUUCCUUGGCAAAUAAACCAGCAAAACCAAACCCUGUCAACCAACCAUUCCUCUCAUUCCUAGCAGAGCUCUCCUCCAGUUCCUCGAAACCAAAACCACCGACAGGACCCUCACCUGGCUUCAAGCCCCCUCCAUCAGAGGUCAAUAUUUCCCCUUUUGAGCCAUCUGGUCCGUUUUUCAGUUUCAAAAGCUUUUCCAACAGACCUGCAUCAGCCUAUGGCUUACCAGGAAAUUUCUAAGAUUACUGUGGUUCCUUAUUGCAUUUUCAAGGUCUAGAGUUCCAAACCACCAGCUAAAUGAUCUGAACAAAUUUAUAUUUCUCCUCAAAUCCUAGUCAAAAUUAUUGUUAACUUUGAUGGAAAUUUAUGAGAUUUGACAACUGUUCUAAAUUUGACACCUAAUAUUAUUGCUAUCAUAUUUUAUAAAAAAAAAUCGUUAUUUAUGAAAAAUAUGAUUGAUAAAAAGGUUCAUGCAUGUUUUGAAUAGUCUACUAUUGGUGGUUCACAAUAAAUUAUGAAUGAUGUACUGAUUUAUUUCAACACUACUCUUGUAAAUAGCUUACGGUUUUUUAUUAAAAUUAAUUUUUUUCAAAUAAAACUGAAAA